GACUUUUUACUCUAAAUGGAUAUAUUGGCACAUGCCCAAUUAUUGGCUUUCAUGAGGGAGGUGUUAGCUUAGAUUAUUGCAUUGAUAAAUGCCUAGACAUGCCUUACUGCCGAGGUGUCAGUCACGAUCCUUCGCAACUUAAAUGUUUCUACCAUAACUGCAUUGAUAGAGAUGUGAACGCAUCGUACACAUUUGUUAAGAGAGUUUGCAUGACCUUCGAUGAGCUGGAUCCUGUUAAACCAUACGUACAAACGAUUAAAAUUUUUGUUAAUAAAUGUGGUCUUCCGAAGCAUGCAAUAAUGACGGAGACAAAUAUUACAUCAGCCAAUCUUUGCAAUACGACAUGUAGUGAGUGCGACGUUACUGUAUACGACCCAAUAAACGAAGAGUGCCAUCACAGCCAGUGCGACAGACCAUAUGGUCUCGGGCAAGGUACUACGUUGUUACGAAAAACAACUAAUCCAGAAUGCCUACACUUAGAAAUGAAAACAAUAGCUGGUAGUGCUCCGAAUUGUGAAGCUUUCGAGUAUGACGAAGGUGUGCUCAACGUGGAAUUUUGUCUCCGGCGGUGUUUGGACCUCCCGGGUUGUUUCUCGGUUUACAUGGAUAAAACCGCUUUUAACUGCACAUAUCACAGCUGUACCGACUAUGUCUCAAAAAAUACUAUAGAUGUUUUUUCAAUCAAGAACUGUUUUACAGACUGCCCGUCUCCAACGACACAGACUUGUUUGAAUUGUAAACAAGGAUCGUUGUGUCAGACGUCCUACUACAAAAUAACAACUUCAAACUCAAGCUCCUGUAAAUUGUUGUGCGAAUCAGAAACGUUAUGCAAGGGGGCUGUAUAUGACAGCAGUAGUAUGGAAUGCCAGUUGUUUGAUUGCGCGUAUGCUACACAGCAGUAUGGCUCAAUUUUCAACAGGAAAGCAUGCAAUGAUGAUUGUCCAAUAUAUGAAAUAUACAUGAUAGAGGGAUAUGUAGGAAGUUGUGAUAUAAUACCGUCCAUGACAGAGUAUCUUGUAUACUAUCCAGAACUUUGCUAUGAGCGUUGCUUGGAAACGGCCGAGUGCAGAGGUGUCACAUAUCAUCCCACAAAGUUAGAGUGUUAUUAUCACAUAUGCGACUGCCAUCUAGCAUUCACAGGGGUGCCUGGCUUUAAAUUUAUGUGGAAGUACUGCUUAGAAAACGUAUUAAACCGCACCAUUCUCCUGCAAACUAACCCUACAUUAAGUCCAAGGGCUUACCCAACGACACCCGUAUGUAAACCAGAGCCUAUCUAUAUAAUGCCGUGUCAAUGCAGCACUGGAGCCUUUGACAAUUUUACGACAGAAGAAAUAGUUCAGCAACUAGAGCAGAACCUAACAAUAGACGCACGUUCCACUUCUGCCAACACACGGAAAUUAACGUCUGCCGAGGAUAACCGGCCGACAUCGGUUGCUGUUGGUACCAUUGGCGUUAUUUUGCUCUCUAGCGUAAUGGCAGUUAUAAUUGCUUUGGAUAUUCCAAAUAUAUUCAAAUUGCAGACACCAAUAAAAUCAAAAACAAAAAAGAUCAAGAACAAGAAGAAGAGAACUAAAAAUUUUGACGAAAAUGUAGCCGCAUCAAAUGGUCUUCAUGUUGAAAAUGUUGAUUAAGUUGAAGUUUCUCAAGAAAUAUGUGUAAAAUGUCUUGUUAAGACAUUUGAACAAACUUAACAAUUAACAAGGUUUACUUUGAGCAACAAAGUACAUGUACAUGUUUACAAUUUUGACAUAAUGAUAAUUUUUCCAUGGUUUAGGAAAAGUUGAUAUGAUGCGCUUUUUUCUGUACAAGUAUAAAAUAGUGUUAUCUCUUUCAAUGUUUAUUGCAAAUUUAAGUUUUUUCAUGUUGAUUAUACACCAUAAUCACGCAAAUUGACGGUAUUACUAGGUCAUGAUGGGUUGCACUCAUUGAACGUGGCCCCUUUUUUGAUCUUUUCAUAUUUCCCUGUAAACUAGCCAUGAUUUUGUUUUGAGAUUUGCUUUAUGCAAGUUAGAAAUAGGGCUUCAUAACAUAAAUAGCAGAUAAUUAAUACAAACUGAAAAUAUCUAAUUCU